ACCAACGAAGCUUUUGAGGAAAAAAAGUAUGACCCAGCCGCCAACGAAGUACUCCGUUGAAUUGCCUGAUACUAGAAAGUCUGGCCAAACUGGAAUAUACAGAAAUGCUCUUAACCCGGAUAAUUUAACUGUUACGAUAAGAAAAGAAGUAACAACGCUAUAUGAGAAUUUCCAAUACUCUCUUAACGUUUCGAAAGACAGAAAUUGUAUUGGUUAUCGUUCUUAUAAUAAAUCGACGGGACAAUAUGGGUCAUAUUUAUGGCAAUCUUAUAAGCAAAUUGCUGAACGCAUAGAUAAUUUUGGAUCAGGGCUUUUGUAUUUAAAUGAAAAUACGGAUAAGAAUCUUAAAAAUAAGAAGAAUCCUAAGAAUUUCAAGGAUAAGCAAUGGACAGUGGGAAUUUAUGCUAAUAAUAGACCUGAAUGGUUUAUUACUGAUCAGGCCAAUUGCGCUUAUAAUCUUAUCACCGUUGCAUUGUAUGAUACUUUGGGACCAGAAACUGUGGAAUAUGUUAUAAAUCAUGCUGAGAUUCCAAUUGUUGUUACUGGUGCCAAUCGAAUUCCCGGAUUAAUUCAAUUGGCUCCGAAGGUUCCAAAUUUAAAAGUUAUUAUUUCAAUGGAUGAGUUAGAAGAUGAUUCUCCUGUACCUUUUGGGAGUACUACUACCGGAAAAGUAUUAAAAGCUUGGGCGGAAGACAAGGGAAUUGUAUUGUUGAGUUUUAGUGAGGUAGAAAAGCUGGGAAAGCAAUAUCCCCGAAAGCAUAAUCCCCCUUCUCCAAAAGAUCUCUCUUGUAUUUGUUAUACUUCUGGUACAACUGGAGUUCCAAAAGGUGUUAUGCUUACACACAGGAAUUUUGUAGCAGCAAUUUCUUCAACAUGCCAGCUUUGGGACGGAAAUCAAGAUGAUGUUCUUAUAUCGUAUUUGCCGCUGGCUCAUAUUUUUGGUCGUAUAUUGGAAUCAAUGGCAAUUUCAUUUGGUUGCAGUAUCGGAUAUUACCAUGGAGACGUUCUUACGCUUAUUGACGAUGUUGCCGAACUUAGACCUACAUUAUUCCCAUCGGUUCCAAGAUUGCUUACACGUAUUCAUGCUAAGCUUCAACAAGCUACGGUUAACGCUCCAGGAAUUAAGGGAGCAUUAUCAAGGAGAGCAGUGGCUGCUAAACUUGAAAAAUUGGAGACGGGACAAGGAUACACACAUCCCCUAUGGGACCGAAUUAUAUUUAACAAGAUUAAACAAAUAUUAGGGGGUCGUGUACGUGUGAUGAUAACAGGUUCUGCCCCUUUAGAUCCUGAAGUAUUGCAAUUUUUAAGAAUAGCCUUUUCAACCGAAAUUGUAGAGGGUUAUGGGCAGACUGAAGGUGUUGCAACUGCGACAGUUGGUCUUCGAGGCGAAAACAAAGCCGGUCAUGUUGGAGGGCCACACUUAUGUUGUGAAAUGAAACUUGUGGAUGUACCUGAAAUGAAUUAUUUAUCAACUGAUAAACCAUAUCCUCGUGGUGAACUAUGUUAUCGUGGACCACAUUGUUUUAUUGGUUAUUACAAAGAUGAAGAAAAAACAAAAGAAGCCAUUGAUUCUGAAGGAUGGGUUCAUACUGGUGAUAUCGCUUAUGUUGAUGAGCGUGGCGCAUGGACUAUAGUUGAUCGCAAAAAAAACAUAUUCAAGCUUUCUCAAGGAGAAUAUGUUGCCCCUGAAAAAAUCGAAAACGUUUAUAUUAAUUCUCCUUUGAUAGUACAAAUAUAUGUACAUGGAGAUUCUCUUCGUAAUUAUCUUGUAGCAGUUGUUGUACCAGAUCCCGAAACUUUUGUACCUUGGGCCAACGUGUUAGUUAAAAAAAAUGUUUCAUUGGGAGAUGAAAAAGGAAUGGAGAGUUUAAUUAAUGAUCCGGAAGUUCGUAAAGAAUUUUUAAAAGAAAUGGAUAAAGUUGGACAAAAUGCCAAACUCAGAGGAUUUGAAUUUGUAAAAGCUAUUCAUCUUACGAAUGUACCAUUCUCUGUUGAAAAUAAUCUUCUCACUCCUACGUUAAAACUUAAACGUCAUGAAGCUCGACAAACUUUCCAUAAAGUGACUGAUAAGUUAUAUUCCGAGAUUGAAUCUAGUGUUAAAGCAAAAUUGUAAAAGAUGAUUUUCCAUGUCAACUGAAAAGGACAUUGAUGAUUUUUAAGAAUAUUUAUUUUUCUAUUAUUUAUUUAUUUGGAGACUUUUGUUAUUAAAUUUAAAUAAACAUAAUUUCUAUUUCAUGCAAACCCUAAAGCCUGGUCUUUUUGUUAUAUAAUAUUACGUAAUUAGUAAAUCAUUCCAAUUUCAAUACGCACUCCAAAGUUUCAUUUGCGAUUUAAGCCGUAAGUACACUUACUUUACAUUUUUACAUUUUCAUUUACAAACUUCGGCGAAAAUAAUAGCGGUUAGUUUUUUUUUAAUGUCAUGAAUAAAACUUUAUGAAA